AUGGCUACGCAAUACGAAGUUGAGCACAACAUCAAGACGGCCGGCGGACCGCGGCGGCGUCGGCAAGUGGACAUGGCGACGUUCACGGCGCAUCUGAACAACGUGUCGACCAGCGAGAACACGGCGGCGCACACCCACAACAACCCGCACGCGACAGCGACGCCGGUCGACGUGGCGGCGGUCUACCGGCUGGUGCAGGACCAGAUGCUGACGCUGUUGCCGGACGCGCCCAAUGCGGCCAACCGGGAUUUGCUCGAGCAACUGGCGAUGCAGCUGGAGCAGCAGAUUGCCGAUCCGCCGCGUGAGAUCGCGGGCGUGUCGCAGGCAUAUGUGGACGCGCUGGACCGGGUAUCGCGGCGGCGGUUGGGCCACGACGAGACAUGUCCGAUCUGCGUAGAGCGCUAUCUCGACGACGAGUACGCGCUGGUGGUGGAGCUGCCGUGCCACGCAAGCCACCGGUUCGAUCUCGAGUGCGUGGGCCCGUGGCUGCUGGCCAAGGGCAGCUGUCCGCUGUGCCGGACAGACCUGACGAAGAAAAAGGAGACGGUGGUGGCAAAGGACGACGAGGACGAGGACGAGGACGACGUCGGGGGGAUGUUUGGCUGA